GUUCAAUGUGAGUGGGAUGUUGCAUUUUUUUUUCGUCGGUGGCAAAGCGCAGUUAUUACAUACCGCCGGAGUUCACACACUGCUACCGAUUUUAUUUCUAAAGUACAUCUUUGUCGCUGUCUUACCAAAUGUGACCUCAAGCCAAUACCGAACUCAACCACCGGAACUGAAUAGACCUCGGCUCGGUCAACUUCGAGUUUCAUAUUAGGUGAACUGAGGCGCAUUAGUAAAUCAUAUGCGAAGCUGCAUGCUCACAACAGCAUCUGACCUUCAAUUUCCACUUCAGUCGGAUUCAUCCACUGGAACUAGAUACACAGACCAUUUUUUGACUCACAAAACUUAUCGUCUAAUGCCCGAUGGCAGUUAGUUCGACGGAGACACGCGACCAAAUCGCAUUCGCCGCGCAAAGAUAGUGAACAAUGUUUUUCCUUCUUUUACUGUUGAGUCUCUUCUUGGGGGCCUUACUAAUUCGGGAAUAUCUAAGAAGAAAAUAUGCAUUCGCCAAAGACCUACCAGUUGCAGAACGGACCAAGGAAAUUUUUGGCAUCGAAUAUGGGCUGGUCGGAAUGACGGACGAACAGCGGUUCGAUAUAGUGAAUAAAGUGUUUAGGGAUAACGAUCGGCUCUUCCAGAUUUGGGUUGGCCCGGUUGUACUACUGGGAGUUAGUCAUCCAGAUUUGAUACAAAAAGUUUUAGCGCAUACGGAUUGUUUGCAAAAACCAUUCUUUUACGAUUUCGUUGGAUUUGAACAUGGUAUUUUCUCUGCGAAGUAUGACUUGUGGAAAGGGCAGAGGAAGGCACUUAACCCGACAUUCAAUCUGAGAAUUUUGAACAGCUUCGUGCCAAUUUUUGUGACAUGCUGCCGAAAACUAGUGGAUGAGAUGCAUCAGGUGAAAGAAGGAGAGACGAUUGACAUGUUCAAGUACACCUCAAAAUGUGCAUUAGAGAUGAUCUGUGGAACUACACUUGGUAGCGAUGCGUUAAAUCGCGAUGGCAAGGAUGCCUUUUUAAGUCAUCUCGAGGAAAUCUUUGGAUACAUAUCAAGAAGAAUGCUAGGUAUGCAUCUGCACUUAGAUGUAAUAUACAAGCUAACACCAUCUUAUCGAAAAGAAAUGCAUGCACGGAAAGAGAGCGUUAUUUUUGCGUCAAAGAUUGUCCAAGAGAAGAAAGAGGCUUUUCGACUUGCACAACAAACUAAAACCACUCCAGUCAGCAACGAUUCGGAUCCGGAAGCAGAAGACUACAAAAAACCUCAAAUUUUCAUUGAUCAACUGCUGUCCAUGAGCGAUAACAGUCGUGCAUUCACUGAUGAGGAAAUUCUCCAUAAUGUUUUCGUAAUGCUGGUUGCCGGCAAUGAUACUUCCGGAUUAGCAGUGGCUCACGCGUCACUGUUCCUAGCUAUGUACCAAAACAUUCAGGAAAAAGUUUAUACUGAAAUCAUUGAGCACUUUCCUACCGAAGAUGUACCUGUUACUGCAGAGUCCCUGAAAUUACUAGUGUAUACCGAAAUGUUUAUCAAAGAAGUGCUAAGACAUUGUCCGGUGGCUCCGAAUAUCGCCCGCCAAAAUAUGAAACCUAUAGAAUUGGAUGGUAUCAAUAUUCCGGCUGGCAAUGUAUUUAUUUUUACCUUUUGGACGCUGCACAGAAGAAAGGACAUUUGGGGUCCCAACGCAUACGAAUUUGACCCAGACAAUUUUCUACCAGAGCGAUGUCGUGACCGUAAUCCAAAUGCUUACAUGCCAUUCAGCACUGGAGCUCGGAAUUGUUUAGGUGCACGCUACGCAAUGAUAAGCGUAAAAGUUAUGCUCAUAUAUAUCUUGAGAAACUUUCGGUUACACACUGAAAUUAGACAUGAGGAUAUCAAAUAUAAAUUCGGCAUGACAUUGAAAAUGAACAUCCACCACUCAAUUCAACUGGAAAAACGAAAAUCGUGA